AUGACAUUUAUCAGGGAAAUCGUUUCUCAUUUUACUUUGUACAGCGUUGGAUGUGCUUGCCCUGAUCCGGAUACUGAUGAACUAGAGGAUGAGCAAAAUGGGAUAGUGCACGUGCGUCAGAUGGAGUUGUGGCGGGUGUACGACGGUGGCCUGAUGGACAUCGGGGAGAUUUGUGACGAUAUUGAACUUGUCUGCCGAUCACAGAGGGCCAUGUGCUUGAUGGAGAAACGGCACGAUUCAGGCGUUACCACUGUGCGCCGCGGUCGUUGCACGUGUCCAGUAAACUCGGUCGCUGUGUACCAGACCAACUUGCGUUAUCACGAAUGCUUCAACCGGACUGAACGGAACAGUAACGAAGCCGUCCAUUCUUGUCUGGCCUGUCAAUUGGACGGUGGAGAAUGCUAUGAUAUUGAUAACGAUGGUCUGAACGAUGGAUGCCAGUACCCGACAGUUCGCUCGAACGCACCCGAUCUACGGACCAAUGACAAUCCACGGACUCUGUGCCAAAGAGUGCAGGUACUCACUCACUGUACCUCGCUCGGUGUCACGGUGUGCCUCAUUCCACACGGCUCUCACCGACCGAUCGAUGGGUGUUUGCCGUUGAAGCAACUGCCUACACAGUGGUUUGCUCGGAUUUUGGUCCCGACUCGUUCACAUCAGAGACAGAUGAACCAGAGGUGCGAACUACAGCCCGUAGAAAAGUUUACAAUUGGAAAUGAGAAAAUUUUGGGGAUGCUGCCGGACUCUGGAACUAAUGCACUGUGUGCCCAACUGAAUCGCCAGCUUAAAGAGGAAUUUUUGUGCGGAACCAAGCUCACACAAAAUUAUUCCUGUGAUACCUUCAUCACCCACCAGCAGACAACAUAUUAUGGCCGUUUGGAGGCAUAUUCUGCGCUUGGUCGAAUUUCUCAGACGAUUUUAUUUUACUGUAAGGCUGAUGUGCCUUGCAUCCCACAUCCAGACAAUCUCGAAGAGCAGUCAAUUUUCUCCUACAAGCUGCAAAUUUUAAAUGAAAAAUUUGAAAAUGUGGAUUCCAUUAACGAAUCGUCAAUAGUUCGUCUGAAAAUCAGCUCUAAAGCAUCCUCAACUCCGGUCUCUAUCGGCUUCUGUGUUGCUAUGGCUACUUUCCACUUGCCCAGUAAUCUGCUGGGCCUGAAGACCAUUCUGCUUAGGCACCGAAUGAACAGAUGUUUUUCCGAGGUGAACUACAAAACUGUAUCCAAUUAUGGAAAAUCCAAAUACGAGUUCGUAGACCUAUGGCCCAUAUGGUGGACGCUAGAGCCUUCUCGCAAUCUAUCGUACAUGUCCAGUCCAAUAAUAACAACAAAAGUUUUGCCCAAUUGGCGGAUAGCCCAGUUUAUUUGUCAAGUGCAUGUUUGUAUUCAAGCGAACUGCGAUACAAUACUUGUCAAAUGAUCAUGUGUCUUAAAACGGAGUACUUAAUGCUGGCUACAUUCCUCUUGGUACUCCUUCAUCUAAUCGCCGUGACGCUGGUUUUGUUCCUCCGGCAAAAGCGACUAGGUCGCCGUCGCUGUGGUAAUCA